UCUGGAUCCUUCUCUUUCCUUACUAUUUUACUCUCUCUCCUCUCUAGGCUUCAUCCAUUUCACUCUGCCUUUUCUCAUCUGAGUCUAUCUGCUCCACCACCACAACAACCACCACCACCACCGCCGCCGCCGUCUUCGUCAUGUAUCGUCUUGCAGCCAAUCUCGCAUCCAAAUCAAGGAUUGCCAGAAACAAUGCUCAGCAGAUCAGCUCUAAUUUAAGCUGGAGGCGGAACUACGCCGCGAAAGACAUCAAAUUUGGAGUGGAUGCGAGAGCUUUGAUGCUUAGGGGUGUUGAAGAGCUUGCUGAUGCCGUCAAAGUCACAAUGGGUCCCAAGGGACGAAAUGUUGUUAUAGAACAAAGUUAUGGAGCUCCAAAGGUGACAAAGGAUGGUGUCACUGUUGCAAAGAGUAUCGAGUUUAAGGACAGGGUGAAGAAUGUUGGUGCUAGUCUUGUCAAGCAGGUUGCUAAUGCAACCAACGAUGUAGCUGGUGACGGUACCACCUGCGCAACAGUUCUCACCCGUGCAAUUUAUUCUGAAGGCUGCAAGUCAGUUGCGGCUGGAAUGAAUGCCAUGGAUCUUAGACGUGGGAUCACCAUGGCUGUUGAUUCAGUCGUCACAAACUUGAAAAGCAGAGCCAGGAUGAUCAGUACAUCCGAAGAAAUAGCACAGGUUGGGACAAUCUCUGCAAAUGGAGAACGAGAGAUUGGCGAGCUUAUUGCCAAGGCUAUGGAGAAAGUUGGCAAAGAGGGUGUUAUUACCAUAAGUGAUGGAAAAACACUCUACAAUGAAUUGGAAGUGGUUGAGGGAAUGAAGCUGGACAGAGGGUAUAUAUCACCUUACUUCAUCACCAACCCAAAGAACCAAAAAUGUGAAUUAGAUGAUCCAUUGAUCUUAAUACACGAGAAAAAAAUCUCUAGCUUGAAUGCUAUAGUUAAAGUUCUAGAGUUAGCUUUGAAGAAUCAAAGAUCACUGCUGAUUGUUGCCGAAGAUAUUGAAAGUGAGGCAUUAGCCACUCUCAUCCUUAACAAACUCCGUGCUGGUAUUAAGGUCUGUGCCAUAAAAGCCCCUGGAUUUGGAGAGAACCGAAAGUCAAAUUUGCAAGACCUUGCAACUCUCACUGGAGGAGAGGUCAUAACCGAUGAGCUUGGCAUGAACCUUGAGAAAAUGGCACCAGAAAUGCUAGGGACUUGCAAAAGGGUUACAAUAUCAAAGGAUGAUACAGUUAUUCUUGAUGGGGCUGGUGACAAGAAAUCCAUUGAAGAAAGAUGUGAACAGUUGAGAUCAUCAAUUGAAUUAAGCACUUCUGAUUAUGAUAAAGAGAAGCUCCAAGAGAGAUUAGCAAAGCUUUCUGGUGGUGUUGCUGUUUUGAAGAUUGGAGGAGCCAGUGAAGCUGAGGUUGGUGAGAAGAAGGAUAGAGUUACUGAUGCUUUAAAUGCUACAAAGGCUGCAGUUGAGGAAGGAAUUGUACCAGGUGGUGGUGUUGCUCUUCUAUAUGCUUCCAAGGAGCUGGAAAAUCUUCCUACCGCCAAUUUUGAUCAGAAGAUUGGUGUUCAAAUUAUUCAAAAUGCUCUCAAGUCACCGGUGCACACAAUUGCUUGCAAUGCUGGAGUUGAGGGUGCGGUCGUUGUUGGGAAACUAUUAGAGCAAGAUAACCCUGAUCUUGGAUACGAUGCUGCUAAAGGUCAAUACGUAGACAUGGUCAAGGAAGGAAUCAUUGACCCCCUGAAAGUGAUUAGGACUGCGUUGGUGGAUGCUGCAAGCGUGUCGUCUUUAUUGACCACAACGGAGGCUGUGAUCGUUGAACUUCCCAAAGACGAGAAGGAAACACCAUCCAUGGGUUCUGGCAUGGGCGAUUAUUGAAGGCAACGGUAACCCUUUUUCCGCCUUUCUGCAGGCAUAUCAUUCUUUGCAUACAUGAUGAGAAUUUGCGAACUGUACAACGAAUCGAAUUAUUAGGUGAUAGAUGCUAUUUUAGAUCCGAUUCUCUCCACUGAUUUGAGUUAUUAGAGUUUUUUUUUUUACUUUUCGUUCUAUAUAUGCUUCGUACGGAUUCGAAACUGUUAUGUAGAGGGAUUGGAUCUUGAACAAUUUUCACCUGUGCUUUCGAUAUAAAGUCAAAGGCCAUAAUUUUUCUGUA